CCUUCUUGCCAGGAACCGGGCUGUGCCGGCAGCUUCCAGGCCCGUUUACCUAAGGCCAGGCCAGGCUGUCCAGAGGUGGGCAAGUCUCCAGUACCCCCUAACCACCCUCCCAGCUGGGCACCUGCCUCAGCCCAACGGGCUGUCAGCCCGGACUGUUAUCGUGGCUUUCGACCUGUGUAACCCCAGACGCCUGGGCUUUCCUAAGGCGAACCGCAGGUGCCUAGUGACUGUCCGCUUGCCAAGCUUGCUGGGCUCCCAGCCAGCCUCUGAAAUGCACUGCUGGCCCACGAGCCUCUGGCCUGAGCUCUGGCCAGUCCCAUCUGCACACCUGAGGCUGGUCCCCUCGCCUUCUCCCCAGGUGCUGCCAGUAACCCCCAUCCCAGUGAAGAGCUGCUGGGCCAGGUGGUCAUGGGGGAGCCCAGUAGAGAGGAGUAUAAAAUCCAGUCUUUUGAUGCAGAGAAUCAGCAGCUACUGAAGACAGCACUCAAAGGACUGGUUUUACCAGUUAGCAUGUCCAAGGCGGAGAGCAAGCAAGCUGGCCAGAGCUUCUUCCGCCGGGGACUCCUCAACAGGCUGCAGUUGGAGUACCAGGCCGAGCAGCUGCGAGCCCGCUCCCUGCAGGGCUGGGUCUGCUACGUCACCUUCAUCUGCAACAUCUUUGACUACCUGAGGGUGAACAAUAUGCCCAUGAUGGCCCUGGUGAACCCCGUCUACGACUGCCUCUUCCGGCUGGCCCAGCCUGACAGCCUGAGCAAGGAGGAGGAGGUGGACUGCCUAGUGCUGCAGCUGCACCGGGUUGGGGAGCAGCUGGAGAAGAUGAACGGGCAGCGCAUGGACGAACUCUUUGUUCUCAUCCGGGACGGCUUCCUGCUUCCUACUGGCCUCAGCUCCCUGGCCCAGCUGCUGCUGCUGGAGAUCAUUGAGUUCCGAGCGGCCGGCUGGAAGACCACCCCAGCGGCCCAGAACUACUACUACAGUGAGGUGACCGAUUAGGCCUCCUGGGACGAGGCCAGCACCACCCAGCCUAGCUGUGGCGUCUUUGCUCCUGAACUUGUACCACCUCCCCAGGUGCUGCCCACUCACGCCACGGGCCUGCCCUGAGAAUCCCCGGCCCAAACAGGCCUGGUCCCCUAGGCUGGGCCUGCCAGUGAUCUCCUGCCCCACCAGAGGCCCUCGGUCCAUUUCCCACCACCUUCCACCUGCCAGCAGAGAAGGCAACUCGUAGCCACUGCACCGUGCAAUUGUUGGGAUGGCAGCUACCUUGGGGCCCGUUUCUCCAUCUGUAAAACAGGCGCCUGUGGGGUGCUUUGGAACGUCACGAGGUCAGAGCACAAGUCACACCAGAAUUGGAUUUUGUACAUUUUAUCUGGGGGCCACCUUGGAAACCAGCCCCUUUUCUCCUGUCGGUUUCAAUGAAUGGUGGCACUGCAGCACGUGCGCCAUUUGUUCAGUGAAGUUUUUCUAAUAAACCUUUUCCGAAACGA